AACUUCUGUUAUUCUUAGAUAUUACAAUUGAAACGCUGCGCAAAAUUACCAAGUCUCUAUUUCUGAAUUUUCUAAAUGAUCCACUCUUUUCUUGGAUGAUAGAAAAAUGUAUAUUUGUAUGUAACUUUGACUUUAUUUAAAAAAUUACUCAAUCUAUAUGUACCUAACAGCGACAGUCUGUCGAUGAUGUAACAUAAUAUCUAUAUUAUAAUGGACAUAUAUGGAUAUUUGGUAUUUUUAUCCAUCACAUGACCAAUUCAAGCGCACAAUAUUUACAAAUAGUAAUUUGAGCAUAAAGAGUAUCUGAAGAAGAAAAUUCUCAACAAGGUGGCACAGGAGUCUCCUGCAUAGAGGACGUAUUUAUAGUUGCGCUAGUCACGCUUAAUACACUGUGAAACGUUGCUAACUUCGUGGCGCGUGAAAUUGAAAAGCACGCAAGGCCAGUGUUUGGUUUGGUCAUAUCUUAUGGUUGAAGUAUUAACAAGUUUCCAAAAGUUGCUGUUGGACAAAAUAUUAUGAAAGCGAUGUCUCAUCAUUAUGUGGUAACGGCACACAAGCCUACAGCUGUCACUGCAUGUGUGACAGGUAAUUUUACUUCGCCUACGGAUUUGAAUCUCAUCUUAGCAAAAAAUGUCCGAUUAGAAAUAUAUCUUGUUACUCCAGAGGGGUUAAGACCACUGAAAGAAGUUGGAAUUUAUGGGAAAAUUGCAGUCGUUAAGUUUUUUAGGCCGCCGCAUGAGAAAAAAGAUCUAUUGUUUCUUUUAACUACACGUUACAAUGCUAUGAUUUUGGAAUGUAUUGGAGAAGGAGAAAAUAUAGAAAUUAUAACAAAAGCACAUGGAAAUGUAGCAGAUCGUAUUGGAAAGGCUUCUGAAACAGGAAUCAAAGCUGUGAUUGAUCCUAAAGCACGUGUAAUUGGUUUAAGAUUGUAUGAUGGUCUUUUUAAAAUUAUACCUCUUGACAAAGACAAUCCAGAAUUAAAAGCAUCAUCAAUACGUAUGGAAGAACAUCAAGUACAAGAUGUGAAUUUUCUUCAUGGAUGUGCUAAUCCCACUUUAAUUCUAAUUCACCAAGAUAUUAAUGGAAGACAUGUCAAAACACAUGAAAUUUCUUUAAGAGAUAAAGAAUUUGUUAAAGUACCUUGGAGACAAGACAAUGUAGAACGUGAAGCUAUGAUAGUCAUUCCUGUACCUUCACCUAUUUGUGGUGCAAUAAUAAUAGGCCAAGAAAGUAUAUUGUACCAUGAUGGGAACACGUAUGUUGCAGUUGUACCUCCAAUUAUAAAACAGAGUACUAUUACAUGCUAUGCUAAAGUUGAUAAUCAAGGACUUCGAUAUUUGUUAGGAGAUAUGGCUGGACAUUUGUUUAUGUUAUUUGUGGAACAAGAAAAGAAACCAGAUGGUACACAAGUAGUGAAAGAUCUUAAGGUUGAACUUCUAGGAGAAAUUAGCAUACCUGAAUGUAUUACAUAUUUAGAUAAUGGAGUAAUAUUUGUUGGUAGUAGAUUGGGUGAUUCACAAUUAGUUAAAUUAAUUACAAAAGCAGAUGAAAAUGGUUCGUAUUGUGUUCCAAUGGAAACUUUUACUAAUUUGGCACCCAUAGUUGACAUGGCAGUAGUUGAUCUUGAAAGGCAGGGACAAGGACAAAUGGUUACAUGUUCUGGAGCUUUUAAGGAAGGUUCUCUUAGAAUUAUUAGAAAUGGAAUAGGUAUUGAAGAACAUGCAAGCAUAGAUUUACCAGGUAUUAAAGGUAUGUGGGCAUUAAAAGUUGGUGGUGGUAACUUUGACAACACCUUGGUCUUAUCUUUUGUUGGACAAACCAGAAUUUUGACUUUAAAUGGAGAAGAAGUUGAAGAAACAGAUAUUCCAGGCUUUGUUGCCGAUGAACAAACCUUUCAUACUGGUAAUGUUACAAAUGAUUUAUUUAUUCAGAUAACACCAACAUCUGCCAGAUUAAUUUCACAUGAAACUAAAACAGUUGUUUCUGAAUGGGAACCAGAGAAUAAAAGAACUAUUAGUGUAGUUGCUUGCAAUGGCACACAGGUACUUUGUGCUACUGGAAAUGAUUUAUUUUAUAUGGAAAUUUCAUGUGGACAAAUUGUACCAAAAGGAUUUGCUACUUUACAAUAUGAAGUUGCUUGUUUAGAUAUAUCUCCAUUGGAUGGUCAUACAGAAGCAAAAAUUGCAGCAGUAGGUUUAUGGACACAUAUUUCUGUUCGUAUCUUAACUUUACCUGCCUUGGAAGAAAUUAACAAAGAAUUACUCGGUGGUGAAAUUAUACCUAGAUCUAUUUUAAUGACAUGUUUCGAAGGUAAUACAUAUUUGCUUUGUGCUCUUGGAGAUGGUAGCAUGUAUUACUUUACUUUACAUAAACAAAAUGGUAUACUUUCUGACAAAAAGAAAGUUACCUUAGGUACGCAACCGACGGUCUUAAGAACUUUUAGAUCAUUAUUCACCACUAAUGUUUUCGCAUGUUCCGAUAGGCCUACUGUAAUUUAUUCAUCAAAUCACAAACUAGUAUUCAGCAACGUUAACCUAAAGGAAGUAAAUCAUAUGUGUUCUCUAAAUGCAGAAUCAUAUCCGGAUAGUUUAGCAUUAGCAACCGAUAGUACAGUGACAAUCGGAACAAUCGAUGAAAUUCAAAAAUUACAUAUUCGGACUGUCCCUCUCGGGGAAUCACCGAGACGAAUUGCUUAUCAGGAAAGUUCUCAAACAUUUGGAGUAAUAACGAUGCGUGUUGAUAUCCAGGAUAGUAGCGGUGUUAGUAUUGUAAGACAUUCUGCAUCUACACAAGCAGCUUCAACAUCUAGCAGCAGUCACAUUGCAUCUUACAAUAAACCUACAGGACAUACAGCUAGUGACAUUUGCCAAGAAAUUGAAGUACAUAAUCUACUCAUUAUUGAUCAACAUACUUUCGAAGUUUUACAUGCACAUAUGUUAAUGCCUACUGAAUAUGCGCUAUCAUUGAUAUCAACGAAAUUAGGUGAAGAUCCUACUUCCUAUUAUAUAGUUGGAACUGCACUUGUUCAUCCAGAUGAAACUGAACCGAAGAUGGGUAGAAUACUUUUAUAUCACUGGAGUGAUGGAAAACUUACGCAAGUAGCAGAAAAAGAGAUCAAAGGAUCAUGUUAUUCUUUAACUGAAUUCAAUGGAAAACUUCUUGCUAGUAUCAACAGCACUGUUCGUUUAUUUGAAUGGACAGCAGAGAAGGAACUCAGAUUAGAAUGCAGCCACUUUAAUAAUAUCAUUGCCCUUUACUUGAAAACAAAAGGAGAUUUCAUUUUAGUUGGAGAUCUUAUGAGAUCUCUCACUUUGUUGCAAUAUAAAACAAUGGAAGGUUGCUUUGAAGAAAUAGCAAGAGAUUAUAAUCCAAAUUGGAUGACUGCUAUUGAAAUUUUAGAUGAUGAUACUUUCUUAGGUGCUGAAAAUUGCUUUAAUCUAUUUGUUUGUCAGAAAGAUAGUGCGGCUACUUCAGAAGAUGAAAGACAACAAAUGCAGGAAGUUGGACAAUUUCAUUUAGGUGAUAUGGUUAACGUCUUCCGACAUGGAUCUUUAGUGAUGCAAAAUUUAGGUGAAUCAAGUACACCUACACAAGGUUGUGUAUUGUUUGGAACUGUUAGUGGAGCGAUUGGUUUAGUCACACAAAUUCCAUUCACGUUUUAUGAAUUCUUAAGAAAUCUUGAAGAAAGACUAACAGGUGUAAUAAAAAGCGUCGGUAAAAUAGAACACAAUUUUUGGAGAAGUUUUAACACCGAAUUAAAAAUCGAGCAGUGUGAAGGUUUUAUAGAUGGAGAUUUAAUUGAAAGUUUUCUUGAUUUGAGUCCUAAUAAAAUGGCAGACGUUGCGAGUGGUCUAAUGAUCGACGAUCCUAGUGGCAUGAAAAAAGAAGCAACAGUGGAUGAUCUUGUAAAAAUAGUAGAAGAUCUCACAAGAAUACAUUAGAUGUAGUUCUUUGGCUGAUUUGUAUAGUUUAUUAUAUUUUGAAAAGCUCACAGAUAGAUUGAUAAGAAAAAUCUUAAAUGUUUGGGUAACAAAUUAAAAAAUUUAUAUACAAUUAUCUAUUUAUCAUUAAUAGUACAAGAAAGUAGGAAAAUACAUUUUUCUUCUUUUCCAUUCUUGUGAAGAUGCUUUGUUAUGUACAUCUGUACUCUUGUACUUUAAUUUUUUAAUAACAGUUUACUUCAAAUAUUUAUAUAUGCAUAUGUGAAAACUGGUCAGAAAGUUUUUGAACUUAUUUUAAGGAUUUGUUAUUCAUACAAAUUGACAAAACCGCGAUUCAAUUACUGUUUCGUCAGUAUGUGCACCUAUUUCGAUAUUUUAAUAAUUGUGAUAUCGAAGAUAACGUAUUUCUUACAAUAAUUAAUAACAUUUAUUUAAAUAGUACUUAUUUUAAAUGAAUUUAAAAACUUGUUGAUCGACUGUGACAAUUAUCUUUUGUUUUUAAAUGUCUUAAAAUGUUAAAGACUAAUUAAGUUAAUAAUCAGUUACAUUGACGUCAAGUUAUAAAAAUGUCAUAUGCUCAAUUAAUGAACUUCACUUUUGAUAAUACUUCCACUUUUGAGCGUAAUAAAUUGUAAAACUUGACAAAGACUUGCUAAUGAUUUAUAUUACAAUUAUAUCGGUGUUAAUUGCUGAAAAGUUAUGUAGAAUCCUUAUAUCUUUGUAACAUUGAGUGUAAAUAAUAAAAAAAUAUUCACUUUCUGAUAAAA